UAUUGAACACUAGCAUCAAGACAUAGAAAAGCAUGAUUUGUUAUGAUUGCCACCAUUAUACUCCUCAUGAUUGACAACCAUGAUUCCUUGUUUAACACACCCUAUAAAAGCCAGAGUUAAGCAUGAACAAAUCACAGAUCAAUUAAGAGAACACGCACAACUCUAGCUAGCAAUGUUGAGGAGAGGAUCUCUGACCAUUUCCAUGCUAUCAAAUUCUACCAUGUUGGUGGGUUGGUGCCGGCCACGCCGACGGCUUAGACGGCGGAAGGGUAGCACCAUUCGGUUAGGAAAUAAGCGGCGAGGGCUGUGCCUAGGAUCCAGGCCAGUGGUGCAGUGGGGGGUGAUGAUGGGUCCUCUUAGGAUGCUGAAGAAGAUCAUCAUGGAUAUGGCACCAAAUGGACUGUUAAUAGAGGCUUAUUAUAGGUCUUUAACACCCUUUUUACGUCCACAGCUAUUUCCCCUAUGUUGAUUCGUUGCAGAAUUUCCUUUUGAGUGGGGUUUGUUCUUCUCUUGAUUUCUUUUCUUUUCUUGUAAAGUUCUGUAAUAAGGGGUUGAGCAACCCCUUCUGAUAACAGGCAAAUCGCAUAUCGAAUAUCAAGUGGUUGAUAAAAAAACAGAACCAAAUAUUGUAUAAAAUGAAAGAGGGUUCUUUUCCC